AUGUACAAGAGCGUGUGGAGAUGGUGGGAAAGAACGAUGCGACGCAAGUCUACGGCGAAGGCGCUGGUUGAACCCAAGGUCGCUCCCAUAUCAACCAAUCACGAGUCGGCUAAGAUCAAUAAAAGCUGCCCAGUUGUGGGGAAUAACGCAUCUGGAAGGACUCGCGUAGAUGCCGAAAACGUUACCACCUGGGACGAUCUCAUCUACACACCUUCGAUAGGCAGAGCCAACAUAGGUGAUAGUCGAGGUCAGUAA